GUCAAGAGAGAAUAAACCAAGAAGCUGGCAAGUACCACCACAAUGGCAAAAGUAUAUUCGAUAUUGUAAGUUCCAAAUUUUUGGGUUCAAUGGAUGGUGUUACGGCUACACCCAUGCAUAAUAUAUCAGCAGCAGAUUUUCCAUCUCCAUUUCAUUCCAUUCGAGUUUCAAGUUCAACUAUUACACCCGGAUUUAAUCAAACAGUCUCGCCUGGCGGUGUUUUUCCAACACUUCCCGUGACGCCAAGUAAUCAACAUAUAGAAAUAAGCACCACAACCAGACCUUGGUUACCACCAAAUCUUUCAAUACUGCCUACAACAGUCGCAAUACCUGAUCCUCCAUCUGCAUUUAACUCCAUUCGAGUUUCAAGAACAACUAAAUCUCAAACAUCAGGAAACACGGUUGCUAUACCUCUAUUCAAUGCAACAGUCUCGCCUGGGGACAUUUCUGCAACACAUCCCCCAACACCAAAUAGUCAACAUAUUGAAAUCAACACCACAACUCUGCCUACAACAGAUGUUGACGAAUGCACGAUUGGGAUUCACAACUGUGACGAUCGAGCAACGUGUAUAAACACCGCCGGGUCGUUCAAUUGUAUCUGCUAUCCAGGUUAUACAGGAGAUGGAAUCGCAUGUGUAGAUAUUGAAGAAUGCACGCUUGGGAUUCACAACUGUGACCAUCAAGCAACGUGUAUAAACACCGCGGGGUGGUUCAAUUGUACCUGUGAUCAAGGUUAUACAGGAGAUGGAAUCGUAUGUGUAGAUAUUGAAGAAUGCACGCUUGGGAUUCACAACUGUGACCGUCGAGCAACGUGUAUGAACACCGUUGGGUGGUUCAAUUGUACCUGUGAUCACAGUUAUACAGGAGAUGGAAUCACAUGUGAAGAAGGUCUUCAAGGAACUGAUAUACCAAUUGAUUCUCCUUGUCGGGAAUUUUACGGCAAAACAAAUCUGUCGCAAGACAGCAUUGAGAUGGCACAUUAUCAAAUGCAUCCAUUCUAUCCCUUAGUGUACACCUCAUGUUCGGUGAAUCUUUUACCACUAAUCUGUUCCGUUUAUCUUCCUGUUUUCGAUAUCGUUUCCAGCAAGAUUUUACCACCGUGUUGGGAUUUGUGUGAUCAGGUCUCGAUGGAUUGCAGUUAUGCAAUUAGGAAAUUGAAAUUCCCAAUUUCGACUUUAUUACAACAAUGUUCUUCGAAGCCUCGUCCAGGGAAUACCACAAGUACAGAAUGUUUCCGGCCAACAGCAGCGUCUACGCAAAUACAAUCUAAUCAGUCAUGUUGCUUUGAUGUGAAACCGCAAAAAUUUUGCCACCCAUUCUUCGCUCGAUCUUCGCUCAAUAGCAGUCAACAAGAUGAAGUUAUUUUCAGCUUGAGCACGUAUAUUCCACUAUUUCAUGCCCUGGCAUCACUAAACCAGUCAUCCUGUGUAGCACAGUUAUCAGACUAUCUUUGCCUGAAAAAAUUCCAAUAUUGUGAUAUGCCCUUGGAUGAGGGAAGUGGUGGAUGUUCGCCAGGUAUUUUCAAGGUAUCCCGUGAACAUUGCUCGAACAUCACAAACACUUCGUCACCUUGUUCUUUGAGUCGUAUCAACACCACUCUUCAAAACGCUGGAUAUAAUAUUCCAAUAACAAUGACAGAUUUUGACUGCUCGACAUUACAGCCCAUUCAUGUUGAAGAACAUUCGUUAAAUAUUUCACAGUCCCAAAUAAUAAUAGAUGGACUUCUUAUUCCACGAUUAACGAAUUUUUCAAUAUCAAAGCCAAGUUCAAGGAGCUUUAACGUUAGUUGGAAUAAUUUACCAAACACGAAGGAGAUCAAGCAAUAUGGCAUAUUGUGGAGAAAGAUAGUGGGAGCUGAUUCUUCAAGUGGGGAAACUAAUUAUCAGCACAUUCACUCCACAAAGAAAUAUUAUAUAUUCAACAAUAUUUCAACUGCAAAUUCACAGUACGAAGUGUUAAUAACAGCGAUAGGACAGGAUGGAAUUCCGCAACUGUUUACCACCGUUAAUUUUCUAAGCAAAAGUUUUUGUCCGGGUGAGGAAGUCGGUUCUCCAGACGCAUAUGGGAUUUUCCAGUGGCCAGAAACUCCAGUCGGAAACGUCACUACACUUGCUUGUCCUUAUAACAAUCAGUCUAUCGCGAGUCGGGAUUGUUUUUCAACAUCCGAAACAGAAAGUGGAGGUUCUUGGGGGGCGAUUGUAGUUACGAAAUGCAAAUAUAAAGACUCGCGGAGUAAAGAUCUUUUCAUUUUAUCACAGAAUGAAGUUAAUAGUAGCAACGUUGUAAACAUCACUAAAGAGUUAAGAGACUUGUCUUCCACUAAUCGAAACAACACUCUUAAUCCUGGUGAUAUCGACUAUAUUGCUACCACAUUAGAAAAUAUUGCUCUGGUGAAAGAGAAAGCAAACGAGAUUCUUGACGACUUCCUCACAGCUGUAGAUAAUGUGCUGGACACCCAACUUAAAAAUAUCCUAAAGAGUCAACAGAAUCGGAACUCAUCGUCAAGGAUUGUUGAAACUCUGAACAUCUUUGCAGAAUCAUUAGUUAUUGGCGCAGAAGGCAAAAUUCAGACUGCGAAAAGAAACUUCGAUAUUAACUUAGAAACGGUGGAGUCACAGAAUUUUAGCGGACUUAAUUUUUCGGGUAUUCAAAGGAGAACGAAUCAAUCAGAAAGGAGAAAUAAUAUUUUGAAUAAACAGAGCAAUGAAGUACGACAUGUCUUAUCUCCUUCACUCAUAAUUCCACGAACAAUAUUCAACGAGUCAACGGAUAAAAACAGUUCUGCAAACCAGACAGUGAUAUUUGUGCUCUAUAGAGAAACAAAAUUUUUUAGAUUAUCAUUGGCGGAUACCAGCAAGACAAAGAGUCGCUUGAAUAGUCUUGUAAUUUCUGGAAGUAUUGAAGGGUUGUCAGUUUCAAAUUUGAGUGUCCCAGUGAACAUUGCAUUACCUAGCCUCGAAAGAGGUGACACGAAAAGCAUCCAGUGUUCUUACUGGGAUUUCAGCGCAGGAAAUUGGUCGCAAGAAGGUUGCAAGUUUGAACGCGUUCUUGAAGAUCGAAGAGUGCUUUGUAGUUGUAAUCAUUUUACCAACUUUGCAAUGUUGAUG